AUGAAUAAAUAUAUAAUAAAGGAAAUUGGAUUUCUUCUGCUUAUAUUUCCAGUAUAUUUAAAAUCUUCUGAUAUAUCUACUAUAUAUAAGAUGAAUCCCAAUUUUUUGCCAGUUCCAAUUUGCAAUCGUGAACAUUAUUGCGAGGAAAAUACAUUGUAUUAUCCAGAAAAAAUAAUAUCACAGGAACUAGAAAAGUAUCCUCACUUUCGAUAUUAUGCAAAUACAAAUGAGAUAAUAUAUCCUGAAUUCGAAGAUAAAUCAGAAGAAGAAUCACUUUGUAUCUCUAGAGAACAAAUUAUAUUCCCCAAAUCAGGUCUAACAAAAGAAUUGGAAUGGAAAUAUAUCGUAAAUCACAUAAACUUGACGCAAGCUAUACACACCGAGAUAUGUCUGGAAAAAGACAGACCAUGUAGAAUAAUCGAAGGUUUCGCUGAAGGAUAUUAUACAAAAUGUAAGCAAAAAUUCACAUAUCAUCAGCUUUUGGCAGUAGCAUCAAAUGGUUCGAUAAUACCCGAAUUAUUUCGAUUUCCAACAAAUUGUUACUGUCACAUCGAUUUUGAAUCUGAUAGAUUUUUGCGUUCAUUAAAAUUUAAUAAUUAAUGAGAGUAAAUGAUGUAAUAUUAAAUAUGAUAUAAAAUUAAAAGGUAUAUAUUAUAUGAGUCAAUUUCUAUUUAUAUAAUUUGUAAAAUAAUAAAAUGCAUAAUCUAUAUAAUAAAAACUUAAAUCUAUUAUUAUAUUAUAAUUAAGUAGUCAAAUCUAUUAUUAGUUAAUUACGCGAAAUGCGAAACUAUUUAUCAUAACAAAAGUGUUUAAUUUUUUAUAUUUAAUCUUCCUAUAUUGACAAAUGUAAUUAUUUUU